CUCAGCAUUUGCCACCACUUAACUAUCGACUUGUGGUGCAGAAAAGCUGUAGGAUUCCGUGCAUCACUUUCGAGUUGUUUACACUAAACCCCUGAGCCAAAGUCAGGCUCAAUGGUGUGAACUUGAGAAGGAGGAUGACUGUGGCACAGGCGCGUGGAGUGACAGAUGCAGUCAUUUACAUGGCACCACGUGGAUACGGUCCACUGACUACCACUCGCGCGCUCUCUGUUGCCCGUUCUGCCGCUCUCCGCGCGCAAUCGGUUUACCUCCACUGAGAAAACAGGAGGCACUUUUCCUUUGCGUUUUCGCUGCCCGACCACAAUGAAAUCUUGGCAGCUAAUUGCAGUCGUGGGAGAUGCCCUUCAGAUUCCAGGACAACCAAUGAGCUGUGAUACGGACCAACUCAGGGGUAAUCAAGACGCCCCAGCACCCCCAGAAACCAUGGCCCAGCCUUACCCAUCGGCCCAGUUCGCUCCCCCUCAGAACGGCAUUCCUGCUGAGUACACGCCGUCCCACCCUCACCCGACUCCAGACUACCCGGGCCAGACCCCCGUGGCAGAGCACACUCUGAACAUGUACCCCCCUGCCCAGACGCACAGUGAGCCCAGCGGACCAGAGAACAGCGUACAGUCGGUCUCCGGCACAGCCACACAGACAGACGAUUCAGCACAGACAGACAGCCAACAGCAAACACAGUCAUCUGAAAACACAGAAAACAAAUCGCAGCCCAAGAGGCUCCACGUCUCUAAUAUCCCCUUCAGGUUUAGAGAUCCAGACCUCAGGCAAAUGUUUGGCCAAUUUGGUAAAAUCUUAGAUGUUGAAAUCAUAUUUAAUGAACGAGGAUCAAAGGGUUUUGGUUUCGUAACUUUCGAAAAUAGUGCCGAUGCGGACAGGGCCAGAGAGAAAUUACACGGCACGGUGGUAGAAGGUCGUAAAAUAGAGGUAAACAAUGCAACAGCACGGGUAAUGACGAAUAAAAAGACUGUCAACCCAUAUGCAAAUGGCUGGAAGUUGAAUCCAGUCGUGGGUGCAGUCUACAGCCCAGAAUUCUAUGCAGUGCCAGGCUUCCCUUACCCAGCAGCCACGGCGGCAGCGGCGGCGUACAGAGGGGCACACUUAAGAGGAAGAGGGCGCACCGUCUACAAUACGUUCCGGGCAGCCGCUCCUCCCCCACACAUCCCAGCCUAUGGAGGUGUUGUUUACCAGGACGGAUUUUAUGGUGCAGAUAUUUAUGGUGGUUACGCUGCCUACCGAUACACUCAGCCUGCUACUGCUACCGCCGCUGCCUACAGUGACAGUUACGGACGAGUUUAUGCUGCCGACCCCUACAACCACGCACUUGCUCCAGCAGCCACAUACAGCGUUGGUGCCAUGAAUGCUUUCGCUCCCUUGACUGAUGCCAAGACCAGAAGCCACGCCGAUGAUGUCGGUCUCGUUCUUUCUUCUUUGCAGGCUAGUAUAUACCGAGGUGGAUACAGUCGUUUCGCGCCAUACUAAAAAAAAAAAAAAAAAAAAAAAAGAAAACCUUUCAAAACCUAUUGAGAAUCUUCCUGUGGGGGUAAAGGAGGAGUAAUUCAGAGGCCUGGGUAUUGCAAUACAUGCAGUAGUGCAUCAUUUUAGCAUCUCUUAAGAGAGAGAAGACAAAAACGGAUAUUUUUCAUCUUAUACCUCAGAUAUUUUGUGCUGUGUAUUUUAAUAUUGUGGGUUUUUCAUUUCUAAAGAUUACAUAGAUUGUUGGCUGUAGAGGUUUCUGUGGUGAUCUAGAGAGCUGCUAGAUUUUAAAAAGAUGAAAAAAAAUACGAAGACACAAAUUGUUAGGGCUUUAUCAUGUAAAUGAGUUAUGUAUGAUAAAUAUUCAAGUCACUUUGGGGUUAUCAUAUUUUGUAAGAGUGUAAGUGACUAGAGUCGUCCAGUGGUUUACGCUUAUGUUGACAUCGCCUUUCGUCUUUCUUUUGGUUUCUUACGCUUCUGGGUUCUGUGCCGUAGAGGAAGAGUGCGCGGGAGGUUGUGGGUAGGCGUACAGUAGAUAGACGGGCGUCUGCGUGGUGGGAAGACCGAAAGGCCGGGGACUGCCAGUAAAGUCGGCGUAGUUCCCCGAGCGCAGAGAAGACACAGAGCCGGUCAAAGAGACCACUGAGGUAUCGAUUAUUUAAGCUGUCUUAUAUCAGUCAUUACUCAAAGCCAAAGGUUAUGUUCCUGGGGUGUUCAAUGUGUAUAUUCAGACUAUACAUAGCAGCUCGUAGAAACUCCCCAAAAAUUCAUCAUGACAGUCUUUUACCGUUUAACUAUUAUCUAGUCCUUAAGUCAGACCCUCGCUAGUUUAGGCCUACCACGAGUUGUUCUUUUUAUAUUACAGUACUUCCAGUACGUCGAUUGAUAUAAAUGCUGACUUUUAUAAUACGGGAGAGAGACGAAACACGAAAAAGAAAAAAAAAGAAGGCGACGGUUGCGCCGGUUAUAUAUAUUUUUUUCUUUCUUUCUUUUUUUUUUUGUUUUUUUUUUCAGAAGUUAAGAAACUGAUUAUUUGUACAAGAUGAGAGUGGGAAAAAAAUAAACAGUGUAUUAAAUUUGAUCUGUGCAGUGAAAAUGUUCUCUUAUACGAAAAACACAACUGUAUAAUGUUUUAGACUUAGUGUGGUAGACCAACUGUUAGAGAAAGGUGUCUCAUUUUUUAUGGAAUCAUACACAGAUUUAUAUCAACACUUUACAAGUAAUGCAAUCAUUAUGUAGAUAUAAUCAUAGUAUUUUUGUCAACUGUACAAUUUUGCACACACAACCUGCAAUUUUUUCAUCAUCACCACCACUUCUCACUUGUGAGACGUUCCGUUGUCCGUUUUCUUUUGGUUCUCUGCUUCCGAGUGUUUCGUUUUGAUAUCAUUUUUAAUGUGACAUCCUUUGUACUAUUAUUUUCUAGAACACAGCCUUUACACUUUGAAACUGUUUGAUUAUCGAGAAACUGAGAAAUAUAUGACUUGUGAAAAAGAUAUCUAUAUGUAAAUAGGAAUAAUGAUAACUAUGUCAUUUACAAGUGCUACACAAACAAGCUGUCGAGGUGUUCUUGAAGAGUCGCAGCUUGGCUGUGCAUAUGCGAAGACUUCCCUUCAUGUUGUUUACAAGUAUACCUAAUUAGAGGUGUUUGUCACAUAUCUCAUUUUUUUCUUUAUUUUGUAUUUAUAAAAGUUUCAAUUGCAUUAAAUACAAACAAAAGAGCAGCUUCAGUUUAUCCGGCUGCAAAUAUCCUCUUGUGUACUGUGUGCGUCACAUCACACAACUUGGCAAAAAUAUCUUACCCACUGCUGUGAUUCUGCUCUUUCUGCUUUAAGUACGUGUUGUGGACAGGCUUUCUCCUUGUCAUUGUAUGUGCAUGCACUAUGAUCUGCAUAACAAUAACCAUCAAUAAAGUUUCUCAAGAUAACGGGAA